GGAAAUAAUGAGUUAGGAACUGAAUAUACACCUUGCAACACCCUAAGGUUACUCACUCAGGGAACACCCAUAGGGGCGGGAAAUGGAAUCAGGAAAGGAGCCUAGGAUCCCGGACAUAGUGUCCCAAGGGAAGGAAAAGCGUGAUCGCAUAAUCCCCUAAAUACAGGGCUGGAAACGGCCGGACACACAGAUCUUGGCAUGGGGACAUUAGACUCUGAGCAGUCAGUCAUAAGGAUGACUGAGCCAGUGUAUGAUUUCCCAUCUUUGAACUCACCGUGCUCCAGAUCUGCAGGGGGUUCACCAACCAUGGUCAGUAUCAGUGACCGGCUCCUCCUAACCCAGACAAUCUGGUUUCAUGCCAGUGUGAACUCAGCUACAGCUCUACACAUUCUGCAGAGGGAGCCUCCUGGGACGUUCCUGGUGAGAAGAUCCAACACUCGGCAGCAUAUGGCCCUGUGCGUGCGCUUAUCUAAUGACUGUGGGCCGAGCUUCAUCCAUCAGACGUAUAUAAACGAAGGAGCUGAAGGUCUUUCACUGGAAAAGUCCAAGCUCAUCUUUCCUGAUCUCGUGAAACUUGUGUCUCAUUACUGCAGUGAGUGUGAUGUUCUCCCAAACACACUAAGACUUCCUGCAGCCAUAGAGAAGGUGACCUCAAGAAAACAGCUAGAGGCCAUUUCCCGCCUGGGCCUUGAGUUUUGGAGUUCCUCACUUAAUACUCGUCGGGAUCAUUCUGCAGUCUCAGACAGUCCUCCCCCAUCCCCACCUCCUAUCAAUGUCCUAUCACCCAUUGAGCUUCCAGACCAAAUCACACCUGACCUUCUUCCUUCUUUCAAAACCCGCAGCCCUCUGGAAGUUUCCCAAGGGAAUGGGGAGGGUGCUCUCUGUUUUUUUAAUCCUCUGUACAAACCAAAAGAUAAUGGGGCACUCAAGAGGAGCAAGUUUAAAAAAAGCAUCAAGGUUAGGGUGUCUACAGAAAAUUCAGGGUCCCUCUCACCCCCACUAAAUCCUCCACCACCAGUGCCUUCUGAAGAGACUGUGAAAGAAGAAGAUGAGGAGGUGCCUGCUAAUGAGGACAUUCAAGGUGUUCCAUUGGGAAAAACUCAAGACACAUCAGUAGACCAAGAAUAUAGAAGACCACGAUCAUCCCUAAGGCAACGUCUGAAGAAAAGCCUCAGCAAAGGCAGUAUGGAUCUCGGGUUAAAAAUUUCUCAGGCUCGCUCCAAAGAUAUUGGGGAUUAUAAGGUUCCCACACCCAUUACCAAGACAAAAGAGACAAAGGAGACAGGAGAGCCUACUUCUAAUGGCCAAAAUGAUUUGGAAGAGCAUGACAGUGCAUCCAUAAGCAGUGCAGAAGAGGGGACUUCAGAGGAUGGGGGAAAGUUUUCUCCCCAAUUAACGAGAAGAAGGAAGAAAAGGAGUGGUCGUUCUUCAUUUAGGGCUGUCAGUGGUGCUUUCCUGUCCCUACUUUCCCCAGAGAGGAAAAUCCUGGUAUUAAUAGAAGAAAUGGGGAGGGAUGUUACAACAGAUUUUGGGAAGGAACUAAAGGAGUUUUUGAGGAGCUUGGAGGAGGGAGGGAGGACGAAUGAGAAGGAAAAGGAGGAAGAGGAGAAAGUAAAUUCAUACCAGACUUUAUUGAAGGAAGUCCGAAAUUUCAUGGAUAAGAUGAAAAAUAUACUUAGGGAAACUGCAGAUUUGCAGCUGUGGGCACUUUCUCUUGAAGAACAAGAUCGUGUCCUAGAAAAAUCCCUUCACCGACUUAUCCUGAAACCAUUGAGGCUUCGUCUAGUCUCUGAUGUCCGAAUAGGAUUGGAAGAGAAUGGAGAGCUAGAGAGACUUGGGAAAAACAUGCAGAUGGUAAGGAAGGGAGGUCCUUCACUACUAGGUGUAAAUCUGGUGGCUCCGGGAGCUCAAGAGCUGGAAAAAAUCCGCCAGAAGCUUCUGAGAAUUCAGGAGAAAUACUCACCAUGUGAUAAGGUCCGUUUGCUGCUUCAUGCUUGUCAAGGUGUCUACCGGAGUAUGGACUCACAGCAUGAUGAUGCCUGUGGAGCGGAUGAGUUCCUCCCUGCCCUGUGUUACGUGCUAGCCCUGUGCGACCUGCCUCACCUUCUGAUACACACACACUACACCAUGGAGCUGCUGCCUCAGGACACUCUGGUGGGAGAGGGCGGUUAUUACCUAACCAGCAUAUCUGCCGCACUCUCGGUGCUAAUGUCUCUGCACACUCACCCUCAGGGUUCUGGUCUGUCUCUCAGUGAGUGGCACCGCAGGAGACAAGGUCUUCCCUCACUCAACGACUUGCAGAACUUUUUACGUGUUGCGCAUCAAGAUCCGGUCAACGGUUGCACGACAAAGACCAUCCUUCUCCGUCCCUCACAGACUGUGGAAGAUCUAACUCAGCUAUGUUCACUUAAAUUCAAGACGGCACAACCUGAAGAAUACGGUAUCUUCCUGCACACUGGUGGAACCCAACAACUCCUCGCUCCUGACACUAGACCUCAGGAGAUAAAAUCAAAACUAAAGGAGGAAGGUUCAAGCUUCUACUUUUGUUACCAGCAUCUGGAAGGAGAGACCGGUUCAGAAAAUGGGGAGACACAGGAGUUACCAAGCCAUCUUUGAUAAAAAAAAAAGAGAACCAAUGAAAACAAAGUGCUGAUCAAAAAAUAAAUGGAACCCAUCAAUAUUGAACCACAUAGAACUUAUUGUUUGGGUCCUGUGUUUACAUUAAAUGCUACUAUCACCUACAUGUUUGAGGAGCAUAAAAAUGGACCAUCUAUGGUUUGAGCUUGACUCUAUACUUUUGGCCAUUUUACUACAAAUGUUGGAGCUUGUACUUAAAGAGAAUCAGAUUUCUGCAGCCUAACAGAGGAAAGUGACUGCUGAUUUGUUUGAUAACACAUUUCCCCUAUACCACUAUGUCCUCUUCAGUAUCAAGUAGAUAUGGGGUCCUCCCUUACACCAAGCAGACCUUGCAAAAUGCCAUCUGCCCUAACAGCUGGACAUUCCUGGAAGCCUCCGCCAUCAGUUUGUGACUGUUACAGCCCUAAGCUUGUGCAACUGACUGGUUCCUUAAAGGGGCGUGUACUAGGGUUUUCAGAGUAUUUGUAGUGUAUUACCUGCUCUGUCUAGUAAGUCCUUGCUCCAACUAGCCAGUGAGCAAUGAAUACCUCGGUAUCAUCAGCAGCGCACAGACACUUUUUCAUGUAAAAAAACUGUUAACAUCAUGCAGCUUUUUCACAUGUGCAAUGGAAACAAUUUGACUGUAAUGUCUUUUUAAGGUUUUAAUAUGGCCUCUGUUGUUACCGGCCUCUAUCUCUGGAUAUAAAAUAUAACCUCAUCAGAAAUGGUCAAAAAUGCAGCUUAGCUGGGAAUAAAACAUGACAUGAGAGUAAA